AUGCAGCACUCGAGCAAGCCAUGGUACGAGAGCAAACUUGCUUUAAACCCAUCUCAUGACUCCAUAAGUUUGACUUCAGCUCGCGGUCCUGUCGCAUAUCAUUCACCAGCUUGGCUUCCCCUACUCCUAAAACCUGAGCUAGCCUGUUGUAGACUGUCUGCGCACCCACUUUCGCAGUUCAGCAGCAAAUUAUUCAUUCAGCCACCCUGGCGUACAAAGACAGGUUCAGUUCCGUGUUCAAUUUCGAUGCCUCCGAAACCCAUCGAAGAUAGGAGCAUCGUCCUAACCAGCACAACUGGUGAAAAGUCGAUUUGGCGUCCACGUGAAUAUAUUCCACCCGACGAAGUCUGGGAUACUGUUGCGACAGCGAGGAUAUUGAAUGUAAAGACUGCCGAGAUAGAGACUCCAGAAGAAACGAGAAGAGAAUACAAGAAUAAUAAGCAGAAAAAACAGAAGUGGUGGCGGAAGCUGUGGUGGAAAAUGAUGAGCCCAAGAAGGAAGAAGGUCCUGGAAACUGGGGUAGACACAUUCCCAGGUCAUAGCCAAACACUCUUGGAGCGGGUUAGUGAUUACUGGAGACCGACUUCCAGAGUCCCACCACGAAGGUCCUCUACCCCAAGAUUGGGAAAUUCGACUUUGGUGCAAAUGCACAAAGAGAACCUCAGAGGCAAAGCAGCAGCGGCGAGCACAACUACUCAAAGCCUGGCUUCUAAAUUCUACGAGUGUCGCGGCUGUAUGUCCGGAGGUAUAAAUGAAAACAUUUCACACGAAAGUAAUGUUUGCAAGCUCCGUCCUUCAAGCUCAGCAACGACAUUACUUCGAGAGCAAGGAACUGUGCUGGUUGGAGGAACGCUGAAUCCGCUGGCCGGCCCUUCGAUGCAAAGAGCGAGAUUUGUACACGAUAGAGCCAGAGACUUGAUAGCACCGUCUGAAGUACCAUCUCCAAUGACUUCGAUAAAGACAAAUAUCAAGCCUGAGAGAAAAGGGGGAAGAAACAAAACGGUGGAGAACAACAAGAAGAUUGAUUGGGGUUGGAUGAGCAGCUGUAAGAAGUCAAAGAAUAGGUGCGAUUGUGAUAUCCAGAGUCAAGGAAAGCUGGGCAGAAUGGAUGGAGAAACAUUGACCAGAAUGAAUUCCGAGGACAGCCUGGUAAAUAUCACCUUUGGCAAUAGCUUCAAAAUGUCGCCUGUCUUGUUUGAGAUAGCCGAAGACGACAAAACCACAGAUCUCGAAGCUGAACAUCAAUGUCAACGCAGAAAAACACUCGAAGUAGUCAAAAUAAACAGCUCGAGACAAUACGCCAUGGCGAAAAGAAAGAUCGAAGUUGUAAAAACAGGCUCUGCGAGCAUUACCUCUGCACCUCCUCCGGCUACGCCUGCGGCCUCGGUUUUGACACUUUCUACUACACGUCCUGAGUCUCCAGAUCGAGUACCUACUCUAAGCCUGGCACAGCGUCUCAAGGCGCUGAGGGUCAAAUAUGCAAGCAAGUCAGGCGAUACUUUUGAGGAUGUAUGGAAUGCCGGAACAGAGGGACGCGUUCAAGGUCCAGCAGGAACGAUUAGAGGAGAAUCUGAGGUUGAGUCUGGCUUCGUUGAGGUGGAUCUUCCAGCUUCGAACAACACUGACCCCAAAACGUCGCAUGUCAUUGCGUGUAGCAGUCGUGUCCAGUAUCUUCCAGCGGCUAUGGAGGAUGCUAUCAAUACGGAACUACCGAAGCCUAUGAAGGAGGACAUUACUCACACAGUUGGUGGCAUCUCGAACUCGGACGCGUCGUCAGUUGGUGGAUCAUUCAAGACAGCUCGCUCGACUCCCUCAACUACCUCGACUGCCUCAACAGUCUCAACGGUGAUAUCUCCAGAAGGCUCUGCAGUCAACAACGCAGGUCUGACAAAGCAAACUCUUACCCAAUCAGUACCAUCUUCCAGCAGAACUCGAUCAGCUCCUUCGGUGCCACCUCCCUCCUCCGGCUCAAAACAAACUGGUCACCCUACUAGCAAAGUUUCGACACCUGCUGGUCCCAACAAUAUCGAUGGUCCUCGCCGCAGCUUGCCCACCAAUAUCAAGAAAUCCGCAAAGAACCCGGACAUGACUGGAUCCUACUUCAAAGUCCACCCUCAAGAUGGAACAGACACCGGCUAUCCUGCCCUUGACAGCUCAGCGACAUCCUCGGAUUUCGGCUUCCACCCUGCCAUAGUUCCAGGUUCUUGGCCAUACGAUGAGGAUUCUGAGUGGAUUGAUGCUAAGGAGGAAUUUGAAGCUGUUGUGCGUAAAAAUGAUGGCAUAACGAAGAGCAAGAAGAAGCGUUGA